CACACACAGACAAACACUCCUCUCUCUCUCACUCUGGCGCUCGGCUCCGCACAGCUCCUCUACUCAUUCGCUGCUGAUUCACUCGCUCACUCGCUUGCCUGUCUUCUGCCAGUCGCUCUGCCUUGCUGCUCUCUGCCUGCCUGCCUGAGAAUGGUCCAGCCGGUGCCUGGGGGUCUGCUGUCGCGGCCUGUCUGAACACACGCAUAAACACAGAGCCUAUCAACACACGGAAGCAAACACACACAAGCUUGAGAGCAAUGUGAGAGAGGAAGUGCCUUCCCUGAUGUCUGCUGCAGCUUCGACCUGCUUCUACAGCUGAAGCCAGACCCUCCCCCCCGCCUCGCACGCUUGCUGCCACAAUAAAACGAGUGUAAGGACAGCGGCCACACCCACCUCUCAGCAUACGCUCCGACCUGCUCGUUCACCCACCACCAUCACCACCAACUCCUCGCAGCCGGGCUCCAGCCUCAGCUCUCCUCACCUGGCGGCCCGCUGACCAGCCUUACUACAGCAGCCCAUCACCACCAGGCCAGCGCAGCAUCUCACCCACCUUGCCUUUUAACCUUCGCCUUCAACCCUCUAAGCCUCCACACAACCCUGUAGCAGGCUACACCCAGACUAUCACCUCCGUUGCCUGCUCCACUGCACACAACCAGAGGGCUCUCGGCUUCUUGUGCUUGCCUCCUCGGCUUGUGAAUGUUUUAGUUGGGAUCGCUGAGCAAGCAAGGUCGGGCCAAGAGUGGCAUCUUCAUUGUUAGGCAAAGUCAUCACCUGGAUACAAACACUUCUUCUGUGAUUGAUUGAUCAGGAAAACUUAACUAAUACCAUUCGUCCUGCAACAUUUCACUCUGGAAACAACCUCGCUCAAUCAACAGGAAGUGUAUUUCAAGGUUUUCAUUCAACGUCACAAACACCUAUCACAGACUUGUCAACAAAUAAACUAAAAAAAAGACCUAUAAGUUGUGGAUUAAAACACAAGAAGUACUUUAUUUACGCUCGAACAGAUUUCAACUCGGCAUAACCUUUAGCCGCGUGUCGCCAUGGCUAUGAGCAUGGCACACAUCCGUGACACAAAGUGGCUGACCCUGGAGGUAUGUAGGGAGUUCCAGAGGGGCACAUGCUCACGCUCGGACCAGGAGUGCAAGUUCGCUCAUCCGGCCAAGAGCUGUCAGGUGGACAAUGGACGGGUCAUCGCUUGCUUCGACUCACUCAAGGGCCGUUGUUCCAGGGAGAACUGCAAGUACCUGCACCCUCCUGCCCACCUAAAGACCCAGCUGGAGAUCAAUGGCAGAAACAACUUGAUCCAGCAGAAGAACAUGGCUAUGCUUGCCCAACAGAUGCAUCUCGCCAACGCCAUGAUGCCUGGCACGCAGCUAUCACCUAUGGUGAGAGGAUACACACGUAUGAACACACCACAGCUACUGCCCACGCCAAUGUUCUCGAUGUCGCCAGGCAUGGCCACCAAUGCCAGUGCAGCAGCAGCUGCCGCCGCAGCCUUUAAUCCCUACCUGAGCCCCAUGUCACCAGGCCUGAUGCCCCAGGAUAUCAUGCCCAGCACCCAGGUCCUCAUGGCCUCCAGCCCCAACAUGAGCCAAGUCCCCAACGCUGCCGCCGCUGCAGCCCAGAAGCUGCUGAGAACAGAUAGACUUGAGGUGUGUCGUGAAUAUCAGAGGGGCAACUGCUCUCGCGGGGAGACUGACUGUCGCUUUUCCCACCCCGCAGACAGCACCAUGAUCGACACCAACGACAACACCGUCACCGUGUGCAUGGACUACAUCAAGGGUCGGUGCUCUCGGGAAAAGUGCAAGUACUUUCACCCACCGGCUCAUCUGCAGGCCAAGAUAAAGGCUGCCCAGCACCAGGUGAACCAGGCCACAGCCGCCGCGGCAAUGACUCAGUCGGCUGUCAAAUCACUGAAGCGACCCCUCGACGCAACCUUUGACCUGGGCAUCGCUCCUAGUAUCAUGGCUCCCAUGCCCAAGCGGGCAGCCCUGGAGAAGGCCAACGGGGCCUCUGCCAUGUUUAACACCAGCAUGCUCCAGUACCAACAGGCCCUGGCCAGCAUGCAGUAUCAGCAGCAGGCUGCUUUCCUCCCAUCAGGCUCAAUAUUCUGCAUGGCACCUACAGCCAGCGUUGUUCCCAUGAUGCAUGGUGGUUCUCCAGGCUCUGCAGCCACCGCAUCUGCCACAAGCCCCUUCCAAACUGCCUCCAAUCAGGACACUUCCUUAUCAAAGUUGACUACCAACGAAUACAUGCAAUUGAUUCCAAUAAUAUCUGCAGAUCAUCUGAAUAGUCACAAGUACUUGACUCAAAUGUAGUUCCUCUCAAGAACAAUCAAAUGAAUGUGUGCUGGCACCGUCCAAGCCAAAAGAGUUCAGCCUAUAUGUACAUAACCUUCAGAAUGUCAAGCAAUGGGACGAGGAGGGUCUGCCAUCUCUUAGCCGGUCCACGACGAUGGUCUCAUCACACUUGUAAACAUCAAAGGUGCAACACAUGAUCUGUGCCAUCUUCCCACAUAUCAAUCUCAAGAAGAAUUUGAUAUCAAAUUCAACGUCCAGCCAAAAGAAGGGGAUUUCUUGGUGCCGGGUCAGUGUGUGUCCCUCUGUGGGAAGCGUUCACAUUACACCUCUGUGUCUGACUAAAUCAUAGCACUCAAUCUGUUCUAAUUGGUAUCAUUAACACACACGCAGAAGGUCAAGAGCGGGGUUGUAUAAAAGCAACAUCCAGUGCUGGUACGUUAGUAGACCAAGAUUAUUUUUUAUUUGUUCUGCUUUAUAUAUAUUUUUUAAAUUGAUAGCCAUAUUUCAUAGUUUACAAGUGUAACGCAAACAUGCAGCUUGAAUAUGAAUUAAAAUCUGAAAGGCACAAUUAUUUGAAGAGGAAUUGUAUUCUCCAAAAGAAUGACGCAUGUACAGUAUUGUGUUUUUACGGCUACUAGUGAAACUAGAUGAUGAAAUGAGGGUCUUGGACGUAUGAAUGUUCUGGGUAAACCAACAUACCUGUGUACCUUGAAAGCACAGCCAGGCUUUUUCUCACCUUGACAUGUGCCAUCAAGGCCAUACAGCUAAAAACCAGAGUGUUAUCUCAGCAGUGUUAUUUGUUUACCGAUGGUAAACUUUUUUUUGUAUGGUUCUUUUUGUAUUGUUUGGUUUCAGAAUCUCCGUUGCGAGUUUUUUUUACGUUCAAUGUCAAUGAUUAAUUCAUUUAGAAGUGGGGUUCUCGCCAAAUUUGUGUUUCUUUUUUUGACGUUUCUAUCUUUUAAAAUCAAAAAUGGAGGGUUUUUUGUCAUGCCUCUUUUCAUAGACUAGUGAUGGUUUUUAUUUGUUGGGAUUAAGUUGUGUAAGUCCAUUGACUCUAAAGCCUGGUUCAGAAGAGGGUGUAGCUUUAAUUGACAUUGUGUUACCUUGUUCUGCCUCUUUGAAAGAGGAGCGACUCUAAAACUGUGCCUCAAAGAAGCACCGUUGAGCCAUGUAUUGAUGAGAAAUUACAACAUCAGACCCAAAGGUCUAUUAGGUCAUUUAAACCACAUGUGCACUUGAAUGAUUGUUUGUCUGGUCACCCUGUUUUGAUUUCACAACUCAUCCGAAGUGAAGUUUCGCUUUUGAGGAAACGUUUCCAAGUAAAAAAUGGAAGUUCUUACUCACUUGUAGAUCUGACUACAGAAACCAAAGCACAGUUUUUCUCUCAAUCAUACUCAUCGAGACUUACAGAAGCAUCUCUCACGAGGCUUAAGAAAACAUGUUUAUCAUCUGUCAAUUGUAUGAUCACAUCCCUUUUUGUUUUCAGAGAGGUGUUUAGUGUGUCUUUACCGAUUGUAAUUUACCUAACAAAGCCUUAGAUUACAAUUAAUGGGUCCGAGCCCAAUCAAAUGUACUUUCAAUCACCAUGCAGGUAAAGAACACCAAUGAUGUUUUAUAGAUGUCUCACGUGCCGCUUAUGAUCUCCUUCUUUCUUUUGGUUCUUUCUCUCUAUGUAAAAGUAACAAUUACUCUCUUAAAUUUCAUUGAACUUCUGUGUUAUGUACUACUUAAGGAUUUGAAUCUAUUUGAGGUAUGUAGUUGUAGAUUUUUCUUUUUUUGCCUUACUAUAUAUUACUUGACAACAUUGAUAUAGCCGUUGUAGAUUUUGAGGUAGUAUGACAUUCAUAACUUUUUCAAACCAUAUAAAUGAUAAUGUGUUUUAAAUAUUCACUUCAUUCAUAUAGCUGGAUGUCUUUUACAGAUGAUGUUACAUUAUCAGUUAAUUUUGUUGAUGAAAGACUUUUGAUACAAGGAAUGAGAUCAUUUAAUUUGCUGCCACUGGCAGAGAAAAAAAAACUAAUGUUUUAACCAACUUAGAUUUUCCUUGUCACAUGUCAAGAUCACGUUUGAAAAUAUAUUGUAUUGAAAUAUAGAUUGUCCAUGUUUUAGAGUAAAAAUUAUUUUCUACUGUAUCCAUUUCAAAAAGAUAUGUACUUUUGUUUGAAUAUUUCUUAAGUUUGCCCUGAAUGUCAGGCCAAAACGAGCAGUGAGAUUGACGGGUCUUUGGAUGUUGUGGAUAGUGAGAUUAGGAGAGAGAAGACUUCUCCAGACUGGAGAGGUCCGAAAUGCUGCAGAUGAUGAGUUCUAACCUAAGGGACGAAGGUUGACUUUUUGCACUUCUGUAUAUAGUCAAAUGAACAGAGAAAAAAAUGUGUAUCAUAUUGAGAUAUUAUUUUGAAUAAAAAAGAUCUAUAAUUAUAAGGAAUUUUGUUAGAUUAAUUUAAAUUCUUAAAUUAGAAGACCAGCUAAAAAAAACUUGCUUGCAAAGAACGGCACUAGUUUCUUGGCCAAUGCAUUCAGAGAAAGCUAUGCGCUUUUUGUCUUAUUUUAUCAAUAGUAUUGCAAGGGAAUGUCGAAGGGGAAUAAAUCCCCAUGUCAUGCUUACUCCACCCUUCUUGUGGGAUGACAUAUCCAAUAAUAUCCAUAUCAUUUGUUAGACUUGGUCGCGCAGUAUUGCUGCUCCCAUGGUACAGUUAAAACAUACAACUCAAAUGUGUUUGUAUUUUCGUUUGAUUUGACUGCAUGUAAAAGUACAAACAUGUAAACAAAAUAAAAUGCAUAGUUAUGUAAAGCAAGAUAACACAUUCAGAUUACAGAAUACACAGUAAUAUGUAUUUUAAUCAAAUAUACAAACAGUAGAUAACAGCAGGGAGAAAUAAAACUUAAAAAACAAGUCAUCUUACUCUUGUGUGUUAAAAAUAUUUUCCGAGCAAACACGUUAUUUAAAGAAUUAUCAAAUAUUAGCACUCAUCCACCCGGGUACUUUCUUAUAGCCAUAUAAUUACAGUCCACACUGACUCACAGGAAGUUGUUCGUGCCAUCAUAGCUGUGCACUCAGCAGGCGAAGGCUCACUAUACCAAACGCGUAUUUGGCAAAUUAGUCUUUGAAAUGAAUGUAACAGUCACCUGGUCAACAUGUUUCUGACCCGAGGCUGCUGUGUUUAGUUGCUACAGAACCAAAGCACCAUUUUCUCCAAACCAGAUGUUCAGUCUCCUGGCUGGAGCCAUGGUUUAUCUUCCCUGCUGGGGGCACAUGUACGCUUUGACUGCUUUUUACUUGUAAAUGCAACCACCGAUUAUGUAUUUGCUAACAGUUUCCUCACAAUAAUGUACUAUUCUGCCUUCAGAUUUGUUUAUGCACAUUUUAUUGUUGCCAUAAUUGACUCUGAAUUUGAAAUCUGAAUAAAACAAUAUUUGAUUUGCUCAUGCAA